GGAGUGUGGGCGGAGUAAAUAAUGGUUGCUGUGGUUCCCGGAGUGACGUAGGGAGAUUUGUGGGCGGUCCGAGUGUCUGGGCGCUGCUGAGAGUGACGUGUUGGGGGCCGGUGUGUCAGGGAGUGGUCGCCGGUGGGACUCGGGCCUUGGCGAGGGGAACUGAGCCCAAGGGGGUCGCUGUCCGGCCGGGCCCUGCGCUGCCUCUCCAGUCCUCGGUUUCGCCUCAGACGUCUUCGUUCUCUUCGGGCGGCUUCCCCCUUCCUCGUUCCUUCCCACCUCGGCCCCUUCUUCUCUUCUUGUCGCUUCCCUCCCGGUGCGGCCCAGCCAUGUCGGGGCUGCUGGGCAAGUUGUUCGGGACGGGCACGGGCGGUAAGGGCGCCGGGAAGGGGCCUUCUCCGCAGGAGGCCAUCCAGCGACUUCGCGACACGGAGGAGAUGUUGAGCAAGAAGCAGGAGUUCCUGGAGAAGAAGAUCGAGCAGGAGCUCUCGGCCGCCCGCAAGCACGGCACCAAGAACAAGCGCGCUGCUCUUCAAGCCCUAAAGCGAAAAAAGAGAUAUGAGAAGCAGCUUGGACAAAUAGAUGGCACGUUGUCCACGAUUGAAUUCCAGAGGGAAGCCCUUGAAAAUGCCAAUACCAACACUGAAGUCCUCAAGAAUAUGGGCUAUGCUGCUAAAGCAAUGAAAGCUGCACAUGAUAACAUGGAUAUUGACAAAGUAGAUGAACUCAUGCAAGACAUUGCAGAACAGCAGGAGCUAGCAGAUGAAAUUUCAACAGCCAUUUCCAAACCUGUAGGAAUUGGUGAAGAAUUUGAUGAGGAUGAACUAAUGGCUGAACUAGAGGAGCUAGAACAGGAAGAAUUGGACAAAAACUUGCUGGAGAUCAGUGGUCCAGAGACGGUUCGACUACCCAGUGUACCCUCAAUAUCUAUACCUUCCAAGCCAGCUAAGAAAAAAGAAGAGGAGGAUGAUGAUGACAUGAAAGAACUAGAAGCCUGGGCUGAAAAUAUUUAGCUUUACCUGCUGUCAGCUGGAGAAACAUUAGAGACUCUGGUCACCUGCUGCUGCAGGUGCAAGUAUGGGUGGGAGAUGACUCGAAGCGUAAUGUCUUUAUUUCUUUAAUCUAAGCCCAAAGCAGUGGGAGUUGCAUUCUGCAUAGCAUGGUCUGAGUGAGGGAAGCAAAGUUCCCAAGGAAAGUUGCCUGCAGUUUAUGAUGUUGAAUUUCUUUAAGAUACAAAAUAAAACUUUAUUGGCAAAAUUUGAACCUUCAGCUUCCGGACGCUGCUGAUGCCGCUGCUGGAUCUUCAUCUUUCAGAAUUCUGGCCGUGUUGAAUCUGAUUGAUUUUGAGAUGUGAAGACUAUAACUUAAGUUGAUUGAAAAGUUUUUAGAGUUCUUGUAAAGCAUUUCAAAAGGAGAAGUCAUAAGCCAUUAUUGACUUAUUAUGCUUAGAACUGUACAAAAUGCAUUAGGCUUUUAAUUCUUUAAAGUCUGUAUUUAUAUCCGUUGACUGCGUUGACACCUCACUCACAUUAUCUUGGUCACUGUUCCCAUUUUAAUUAAUGAAAUGGAUUUGGAGUAACAAGCCAGUGUUAUCAUGCAAGCUGAUAAUUUAUACUCAAAUUCCAACUGUACAUUUUUCUGUAUAGCAUUUGUGUGUUGACUUCUAUUUGUGAUGAUCAAUAUACCAUUCAGACACAAACAUUUAUUUUAAAUAAGGAUCUGUGGUUUGCACUGUAUUAAAUACCUGGAUUGAUUUUCA